CUCCCCUCUUUUUUCACACGUGAGCGAACGGAGAAAUUCGAUCGACCACUAAAAUAAAGGUUCCAUUGAUUCUCAAUCCUCAGUCGUCGGCGUCUUCUGGAGAUCGAGUUUCAUAUGAGCCGCAAUCAAGCUGAUUCCUUGUUCCUUGUUCUCAAUUUGGGGUAGUUCAGCAAAUUAAUUAGGUCAUCGCUGUCAUAUCUGGAAAGAAGAAGAUGCUUUCAGGGCUAAAAUUCAUACCGCGGGAUCAAGUCGGCAAAGCACAAGAAGAAACACACAGUGAUUCCAGUGAAGAGACUAGAAAAUCAGGGAAUAGAAAGGGAAAGGGUGCGAGGAAAAAGAAGCACUCCCGACUCAGUAGCCCACAUGACGAAUGCCUUGAAAGAAUAAAAAGUGGGUCUAGAAAGAAAAAGAAGUGGUAUGAUUCGAACGAGGAUAUUUCUUCCUUUUCAGAAGACAGUAGUAGCCAGAAUGAACCGAAACGUCACAUGAAGAAGCAUAGGAUAUCGAAGAGAGGAAAGAGAAGACAUGAUGACAGCUCAGAUGAUAAAUAUGAAAGUCGGUCUAAGACAAAAUCAAGGGGUCGAAGAAAAGAUUAUACAUCUGACAGUGAGCCUUCUAGUGGUCCUGGAAGGGAGAAGUCUCAUGAUGACAGUAAAGGAUCCCAGCCCCUUAAUUCGAAUGACAUUGUGAGGAAAGAAAUGGGAUUAGAAUGGAUGCUUCGACCAAAGGACAAUAAGGAGAAUAGUUUCAGUAACACUCCUCUCAUUGAACCUAAAGAAGCUGUAACUGAAGAACUAAGGAAGGAUAAUCCCAGAGAACUAAACCCGUAUCUGAAAAAUAAUGGCAUUGGUUAUCCAGACGAGUCUGAUGAUCAAAAGCCUGGGGAUAAACAACUUCUAUCAAACACAGUCGUUGGUGAUGGAGGUGCUAGCUGGAGGCUUAAAGCUUUGAAAAGAGCCCAAGAGCAAGCAGCUCGUGAUGGACGGAAACUCGAGGAGGUGGUUGAAGAGCGUUGGGGUUCUAUGGGUCAUCUCGCUGCUUCUUUGGCUUCUCAAAAUGUUGCACCAACAUAUGCCCAUCUCCAAGCCAUAAAGCAUCGGAGGAAAGGGUUAUUAAUGGAAGAACAGAAACAUAUGGAUGAGGAAACUAGUAGGAAUGAGAAGGAUUCUGGUCAGAAGAGCACAAGGGAUGUCCUUCGGCAUCCAAAAAUGCGAAUUCCAAAAGUCCACGAUUCUUUAUCUUGGGGAAAGAAGGGAAAUAAAAAUAAAUUGUCAGCGGAGGAUAGUGCUCUUGUUUCUGUCGCUCUCUCGAGUUUAAAUAAGUCUUCAAAUGAUGGAAAUUUAUUAGCCAAAUCCAUGCCCAAGGAGAAUAAUUCUGGCAAGUCUAGUGAUCCUACAAACUUUGAAGCAACAGCAGAGCCAUUUGAGAACAGAGAAGAUAUUGAAGCAAUAAAGCCGUCCAUGAGUGCAAAUCAGUUGGCUGCCAAAGCCAUGCAACUUCGUAUGAGAGGAAAACACGAGGAAGCAGAAAAACUGUUGUCAUUUCUCUUAAUUCAGAAGGAAGCUGAGGCAUUGAGAGAAAAUCAAAGUGUCGGUGAUGGACCAAGCACAAAGCGAAUUGAUGGGACCACAAGCAGGUUUAUCCUACAUGAUGCUUCCGCAAGGCAAAAGAAGAAAGAGGAUAAUGCUGAUCUGCAUUUGGCUCAAAAAAUCAUGCAUAAUCACCGGUACAGCAUAUCCAGUCAGGCGGAUGAAGAAUACGACUAUGAUGAUGGUCCCAGAAAAAAGACUCGGAAGAAAGGAGGGUUUAGCUGCCACAAUAAGUCGUCUGAGAUUACUAAUUCUGCUAAUCGCUUCUUGACUCAGCAAGAUAGGUGUCAGUUCUGUUUCGAUAAUCCAGCUAGGCCAAAGCAUCUUGUGGUCGCCAUUGCCAACUUCACCUACUUGGCCCUACCUCAACAACAGCCUGUCGUCCCUGGUCAUUGUGGAAUUUUGACCUUGCAGCACGAAUCUUCCUCAAGAACCGUGGACGACAACGUGUGGGAUGAGAUCCGGAACUUCAAGAAAUGCUUGAUAAUGAUGUUUGCAAAGCAAGAAAAGGAUGUACUGUUUUUUGAGACGGUAAUGGGGUUGGCACGACAGAGACGCCACUGUAUGGUUGAGUGUGUUCCUUUGCCUCCUGAUAUUGCAAAGCAGGCGCCCGUUUACUUCAAGAAGGCAAUCGACGAAGCUGAAGAUGAGUGGAGCCAGCACAAUGCAAAGAAGUUGAUAGACACGAGUGAGAAAGGGCUGCGUGGGUCCAUCCCCAAGAACUUUCCCUACUUUUAUGUGGAGUUUGGGCUCGAUAGAGGAUUUGUGCACGUGAUAGAUGACGAGAAGGAAUUCAAGAGCAGCUUUGGGCUGAACGUGAUUAGAGGCAUGCUCCAGCUUCCAGAAGAGGAAAUGUACCGUCGAAGGAGGCACGAGUCGUUUGAGGCUCAAAAGCAAGCAGUCUCCACUUUUGCCCAGCAUUGGGAGCCUUUUGAUUGGACAAAGCAGCUGGACUGAUUUUCUUUUCUUUUCUUUUUUUUUUGUCAUUUGGAGGUGAGGAGUUAAAGGCUGUCCCCCAACUUGUUCGAGUUUACUCAACCAAAUCCCUCGACUUUUACUAGGAGAUGAAAUCUUUAAGUUACUGAGGCUGAUGCUGGGAAUGAAUGGGUAUUUUUGUCUGCAUGCAGCGGGUAAGAACAGAGGUGGAUAUUUAUGCUCAAAUAAAAAUAAAAAAAAAAGAAGUUGAGUUUUCAUCCGCCUGACAUAUGAUAGAGAUACCAGACUUCCUCGAUGCUUGGUGGUAAGAUGGGCUUUACUCCAUCCAGAGUCCCAGACUACAUUGAUGAAAUCAAAACUUGAAUAUGGAUCUUGGCUCAAGGAGACCUCUGUGGGAAAAAAAAUGAGAAGCUGUGAAAAUUGGUUCGACUGUGAAGGUACAAAUGUUGGUCAUUU